AUGAGUUCUCAAGGUUCUGUGAACAACGACAACAUCAUUAACAACACCGGUGAUACCGAUGACUACGACGAUUACCUAAACCCGGAAACGCACACCUAUUUCAAAAACCUAAACCUGCGUUAUUUUGCUUGCUGUCCAAUCGAAAUAAUCGAUGAAAACAGAAAGCUCAUGGAGCUUUGCUUGGAGCAUGGAAAUCCUGAGGCUCACUACAUUGAAGACAUUAUUAAAUACUUCACAGACAAAGACAAACACAAAUGUAUUUACCAUCUACGCCAAUCGUCCAUAGGCAACAAUGACAACGGUACGUUUCUCUUUGGUUUGUUAAUGCUUUCUCUAGGUUACUAUCCUAGGGGUAAGAAAAAGUACAGGAAAUCUACAGAAUCCUCUAAAAAGGAGAACGUUCGGAAGGAAGUAAUUGAGAUGUUACUCAAGAUGAUAAAUGAAGUGAACCCAUAUGUGCAUCAGUUUAGAUCUGCUAGGGAUAGAUUCAACACGAAUCCGGAACAAGCAUUCCAUAUGCGCAUUGUUAGCAGUCGUGAAAAAGAUGGAAGAACAUAUGACACUCCUAAAGCCUCUGAGGUAGCAGCAUUAAUUCCGGGUGAUUUCAAUUUGGACAUGGAUAAAAGAGAUAUUGUCUUGCAAGAGAAGCAAACCGGUUGGCUAAAGAGGAUUAGUGAGAUUCACCCAUCUUAUCUCGCACUUCAAUAUCCUCUCAUAUUCACUUACGGGGAAAAUGGCUUCAGACUUGGGAUUAAGAAAAGAGAAACAGCGGCUACAGCUAAACUAAAGAAGAAGGAUAUCAGUAUGAGGCAGUGGCUCUGUUUUCUACGGAUGAACCAAAAAAGCCUCAGAUCAGAUAGCUAUGACUCUAUAGCUCAAUCAGAAAACGGUGGAAAAACAGAUAUGCAUGACAAAGGCACUGGAUUUCUGCUACCAGCCUCAUUCACAGGAGGACCGAGAUACAUGAAGAACUGCUACCUAGAUGCCAUGGCCAUAUGCAAAUAUUAUGAGUUUCCUGAUCUGUUUGUAACAUUCACUUGCAAUCCUAAGUGGCCUGAAGUCACUAGAUAUCUAGAGAAACGCAAUCUUAUUGCUGAUGAUAGACCCAAAAUCAUUGGAAGGAUUUUCAAAAUCAAGCUAGAUUCUCUCAUGUAUCAUCUAACGGAUAAAGAGUUACUGGGGAAGACAUGGCAAAAACGUGGUCUACCUCAUGCACAUAUUCUCUUAUUUAUGCAUCAUGAUUCAAAAUUUCCAACCACUGAUGACAUCGACAAGGUUAUCUCUGCGGAAAUUCCAGACAAAGAGAAAGAACCAGAGCUUUAUGAUAUUGUCAAAGAUAUGAUGAUUCAUGAUCCUUGUGGAGCUGCUAUGAAUUUUGCUGAUAAAACUACUGUGAACAAAGACGGCUUUCCUGUUUAUAGAAGACGAGAACAACCGGGGAGAUAUGUUGAGAAGAAUGGAGUUAAGUGUGACAACACUUCUGUGAUACCAUACAACAAAGAAUUGUCUCUUCUCUUUCGAGCUCAUAUCAACGUGGAAUGGUGCAAUCAAUCAGGGUCUAUAAAAUACUUAUUUAAGUAUAUCAACAAUGGCCAGGAUCGUGUCAAUGUUGCUGUGGAGCCGCCAAACACAGAAGAGAUGAAUGAAAAGAAGAAAAACGAGAUCAAAGACUUUUUUAAUUGCAGGUAUGUCUCUGCCUGCGAAGGUGCUUGGAGGAUCUUUACGUUUGAUAUUCACUAUAGAUCAACACCGGUCGAGAGAAUCCAGUUUCAUUUACCAGGUAAACAAAUCAUAGUUUUCAAAGAUGAUGACACAUGGGAAGAAGUGAGCCGGAAAUCAAUUGAGAACACUAUGUUUAUGGGCUGGUUUGAAUUGAAUAAGGUAAGUGCAGUUGCUCGGACACUCACUUUAGCUGAGAUUCCAACAAUGUUCACGUGGAAUAAAGGAGCCAAGAAGUUCCAUGAUAGGAAAAGAGGAUUCGCGAUUGGCAUAAUCAAUUAUGCUCCAGGAAAGAUCGAAGAGGCGUUCUAUCUGAGGGUUUUGCUUAACAUCGUGAGAGGUUGUACAUGUGAUGAGGAGAUUAGAACGUAUCAAGACGUUGUUUACGAAACAUACAAGGAAACAUGUUUUGCGAUGGGGCUGUUAGAAGAUGAUCAGGAGUAUAUUCACGACCUCUUGAGAGCAAGUUUUACCGAGACGGGAAGUUAUAUGCGUCAGGAUGUUAUGAUUAUGCUCAUGUCAAAUACUUUGUCAAAGCCAGAAGUCGUUUGGGAACACUCUUGGGAAUUACUUUCCGAAGACAUUGAGCAUAUGAGAAGAAGGCUAUUACACAUACCAGAGAUUGAGAAGCUUCUAAAGAUUAACGGUUUGUCUUUGGAGAAUUGGAAAGCUAUGCCUCAACCGAUUCCAGACGUUGUUAAUAACAAUGUAUUGAUCAUGGACGAGCUCAGUUACGACCGUGAAGAGUUACAUUAUGUGCUUCAACAUGACAUUCCAAGACUAACAUAG